GGACGCGAGUGCCGUUUUCUCUCGUCACCACCUCCGCCCUGGCUCCCACUCCCUUUUGCACUUGAGUUUAGCGGCCGGUCGCUGCGGACGACGGCCGGGUCACGCCCUAGCCCCGGCCAUGGACGAAGGUGGUUCCCGCAUCCGCCGGCGGGUGUCUGUCCGCAAAAGGAGCCGUCCAAGCCUGGGGUGCGUUUUUGUCACCCCCACCGAGGCCAAGCCCGUGCCCAGCGAGGAGAAAGAUGAGGAGGAAAUGGUUGCUGCGAGCCGGCGGCGGAGAACCGUGGGCGUGCAAGAGGCAGAGCAUAAUGACAGUGAAGAAGACAUGUUUGGUGACUACGAUAGCUUUACUGAAAACUCCUUUCUAGCUCAAGUUGAUGAUCUGAAACAAAAAUAUAUGCAACUUCCUGAACAUAAGAAACAUGCUACCAACGUUGCCAGUGAAGAUCUUUGUUCAGAAAGCAUUGAAAACAAACUCAGCAUUGCUCUUGUAGACACCUUUACUGACUUAAAAACUGAUAAGCACACAGAGUACCAGGGUGGACAUGAAGAUGUCACUACUGAACCUGGAGCUGAUCUUUUGUAUGAUGUACCUUCUUCGCAGGUUUUAUACUUUGAAAAUUUGCGGAACUCUUCAAAUGAUUUGGGCGAUCAGCCUGCUAAAGAGAGAGAUGGGAAUUCAUCCUGUCAAAAGACUGUGAAUGAGGAAUUGCCCCAUACGCUCAUAGAGCAACCCCAGCAAAAUGAUGAAUCAUCAUCUAAAGUCAGAACUAGUUCGGAUACGAAUAGGAGAAAAAGUGUUAAGGAUCAUCUAAAAAGUGCCAUGACUGGAAAUGCCAAGGCCCAAACUCCAGUGUUUUCUAGGAGUAAACAUCUCAAAGAGACUCUCCUAUCCGAAGAAAUUAAUGUCGCUAAGAAAACAAUUGAGUCAUCAUCACAUGACCUUGGUCCUUUUUAUUCAUUACCCAGCAAAGUGAGAGACCUUUAUUUUCAAUUCAAGGGAAUUGAAAAAUUAUAUGGUAAUGCUUUUUUGCUGGAAUGAAAAAAAUUUCCCAUCGUUAUAAUAUUAGUGCAAAUCAAUAGAAGCAAAUGCUUCCGUGGUCAUAUUUCUCAUCUUGAAAAUAAAUGAGAGUAGCAGGUGUCUCGCAUGCUUCCAUUCCUGUGCUGCCACAACCGAACUUCUUUCCUUCCCUUUGCAGUCACACUUGCCAAACCAGUUAUCCUUUCUCCUCCUCACCUCAGAUAA